AUGUUACCAGGAAACAAUACCUACAGAAUACAUCAGUCUGUCCCUCCGUCUGUUCGCCUGUCCAUCCCUCCGUCAGUCCGUCCCUCCGUCUGUCCGUCCCUCCGUCUGUCCGUCCCUCCGUCUGUUCUUCCCUCCGUCAUUCCGUUCCUCCGUCAGUCCGUCCGUCCCUCCGUCAUUCCGUUCCUCCUCCAUCCCUCAGUCAUUCCGUCCCUCCGUCAGUUCGUCCGUCCCUCCGUCAUUCCGUUCCUCCGUCAGUCCAUCCCUCAGUCAUUCCGUCCCUCCGUCAGUUCGUCCGUCCCUCCGUCAUUCCGUUCCUCCAUCAGUCCGUCCGUCCGUCGGUCCCUCCGUCUGUCCCUCCGUCAGUCCUUCUGUCAGUUGGUCCUUCCUUCAUUCCGUCCCUCUGUCAGUUCGUCCGUCCCUCCGUCAUUCCGUUCCUCCAUCAGUCCGUCCGUCCCUCCGUCAGUCCGUCCGUUCCUCCGUCAGUCCGUCCGUCCCUCCGUCAUUCUGUUCCUCCGUCAGUCCAUCCCUCAGUCAUUCCGUCCCUCCGUCAGUUCGUCCGUCCCUCCGUCAUUCCGUUCCUCCGUCAGUUCGUCCGUCCCUCCGUCAUUCCGUUCCUCCGUCAGUUCGUCCGUCCCUCCGUCAUUCCGUUCCUCCGUCAGUCCAUCCCUCAGUCAUUCCGUCCCUCCGUCUGUUCUUCCCUCCGUCAUUCCGUCCCUCCGUAAGUUCGUCCGUCCCUCCGUCAUUCCGUUCCUCCAUCAGUCCGUCCGUCCGUCGGUCCCUCCGUCUGUCCCUCCGUCAGUCCUUCUGUCAGUUGGUCCUUCCUCAUUCCGUCCCUCUGUCAGUUCGUCCGUCCCUCCGUCAUUCCGUUCCUCCAUCAGUCCGUCCGUCCCUCCGUCAGUCCGUCCGUUCCUCCGUCAGUCCGUCUGUCCCUCCGUCAUUCCGUCCCUGCGUUAG